AUGACAACUGCACUCUUACCUGAGAAGCAGGAAGGAGGUAGCAAGUCGGAGGCAACUAUCGCUAGUACCAGAAGUGCUGCUAGAGGGAGCAAAGAGAUCAAUGCGAGGAAGACUAGCCAUGCUAGCAUGGACCUCUUGAGUGAGAUAAAUCACCAGCACAACACUAUAUGGAUGGCAACGGAAUAG